AUGGUCACCAGAGACCACCUCAUCCUCUCUCUUAGGGUUCUUCUCCAUGUCCUCGCUCUCACCCUCGUCUGGCCGCCCACGCCGCCCGUUUUCAGCCAGGACCUCGGCGCCGGCAUGGGCGACGCCGACAGCGUCGGUGGUGACACCGGCGGCGGAGACGCAGACGACGGAGGAGGCGGUGGCGGCGGCGGAGGAGGCAAUGACGGGUAUGCCAGCUUGGCCACCAGUGCCAUAUUGAAUCAAUUCUCCAACAUCACUCCCAUUCUCAAAGAUGAGCUCAAGGAUAAGCUUAGCUUCUGCGUCAUUGACGUAGACAAGGAUUGGAAUGGGGCUUUCAAUUUCUCAGACGAUUCAACAUUCAUUAGCAACUGCGCCAAAAAAUUUGGUGGAUCAAUGGAAGAGAUUAUGCAGCGGUUGUGCACUUUUAAAGAAUUAUCGCUGUAUGCUGAAAGUUUAACAGAUGUCAAGAAAAGCAAUAAAUUGAAACCGAAUAAGAACUGUAAUAUGUCUACAUGGAAUCCUGGAUGUGAACCUGGGUGGGCUUGUGGAACUGUUGAGAAAGUUGAAAUGAAAAAUAAAACUUAUAUCCCUGGUAGAACUACGAAAUGUGCAGCUUGUUGUGAGGGUUUUUUCUGCCCUCAUGGUCUUACUUGCAUGAUCCCUUGCCCAAAAGGUGCUUACUGCCCACUUGCAAAGCUCAAUAGUACUACUGGUGCAUGCAAGCCAUACCGUUAUAAGGUACCUUCAGGGAAGAACCAUAGUUGUGGAGGAGCAGAUAGGUGGGCUGAUGUCUUGAGUUCUAAAGAGAUAUUCUGUUCGGGUGGAUCAUACUGUCCGUCUAGCAUCCAAACAAAUCCUUGCAGUAGUGGACAUUAUUGCAGGCUGGGUUCCACAUCUCAGGAAGGAUGUUUCAAAAUGGCAAGUUGUAAGGCAAAAUCAGAAAAUCAAAAUAUUACUGCAUAUGGUAUCAUGCUUUUUGCUGCAAUAAUAGUCAUUCUUCUCAUUAUAUAUAACUGUACCGACCAAGUACUUUCCACCCGAGAGAAAAGACAAGCAAAAUCCAGGGAAAAGGCUGUUCAAAGUGUGAGAGAAACAGCACAAGCACGUGAAAAAUGGAAAUCUGCAAAGGACAUUGCUAAGAAGCAUGCUGUUGGACUGUCAACACAGUUUUCACGUACAUUUUCUCGCAGAAAAUCCACCAGGCAUUCUGGCCAGAUAAAAGGAACAGGACAAGCUAAACCUGGAACAGAUGGUGUCUUGCCACCUAUGCCACCAAAUUCGGUAGGUGCAUCUGAAGCUGCAACAUCUAAAGGGAAAAAAAAGGAAAAAAACAACCUCACACAAAUGUUACAUGCUAUUGAGAAUGACCCAGAUAGUAAUGAAGGCUUCAAUCUAGAGAUAGGUGAUAAAAAUAUUAAAAAGCACGCACCAAAAGGUAAGCAGUUGCAUACCCAAAGUCAGAUUUUCAAGUAUGCAUAUGGUCAAAUUGAGAAGGAAAAGGCUUUACAGGAGCAGACUGCAAACCUAACCUUCUCUGGGGUUAUACAAAUGGCUGGUGAAAUUGAAAUCCAAAAGAGGCCUCCAAUUGAGGUUGCUUUUAAAGAUUUAACACUCACAUUGAAAGGGAAAAACAUACAUCUUUUAAGAUGUGUAACUGGGAAAAUAUCACCCGGCAGGGUUUCAGCUGUCAUGGGUCCAUCUGGAGCAGGAAAAACAACUUUUCUUUCUGCUUUGUUAGGAAAAGUGAGAGGGUGCACCAUGACUGGUAUGGUUCUUGUAAAUGGAAAGAUGGAAUCUAUCCACUCAUAUAAGAAAAUUAUAGGAUUUGUUCCACAAGAUGAUAUUGUGCAUGGCAAUUUGACAGUGGAAGAAAAUCUCUGGUUCAGUGCAAGAUGCAGACUCUCUUCCAAUCUGCCUCAACCAGAAAAGGUCCUGGUUGUUGAAAGAGUUAUUGAGUCCUUGGGCUUGCAGGCAGUGCGGGAUUCCAUGGUUGGUACGGUAGAGAAGCGAGGAAUCUCUGGUGGUCAAAGAAAAAGAGUAAAUGUUGGGCUGGAAAUGGUCAUGGAACCAUCACUUCUAAUUUUAGAUGAACCCACAUCCGGUUUGGAUAGUUCAUCAUCUAAUCUGCUACUUAGAGCUCUUAGACGUGAGGCUCUUGAAGGAGUUAACAUUUGCAUGGUUGUCCACCAGCCCAGCUACACCUUGUUUAGGAUGUUUGAUGAUUUGAUACUUCUCGCUAAAGGUGGGCUUACAGUGUAUCAUGGAUCAGUGAAGAAAGUCGAAGAGUACUUCGCGAGCCUUGGGAUGGCUGUUCCUGAUCGUGUCAAUCCUCCAGACUAUUUCAUUGACAUUUUGGAAGGCUUAGUAAAACCAAGCUCAAGCUCAGCGGUGACCUAUAAACAACUACCCGUUAGAUGGAUGCUUCAUAAUGGGUACCCAGUUCCUAUGGAUAUGCUUCAGAGUUCUGAGGGAAUGGCUGCAUCAACAAGUGAAGGUUCAAGUCAUGGAGAAAAUGUUCCUAAUUCUGGAGGGGAGGGCUUUUGGCAGGAUGUCAAGUGUCAUGUUGAGGUGAAAAAGGACAAUCUACAGCACAAUCUUUUAAAAAAGAGUGACUUAUCAGAGCGAAAAACCCCUGGCAUGUUCCUGCAAUAUAGAUACUUCCUUGGCAGGGUUGGUAAGCAGCGAUUACGAGAAUCGAGGACACAAGCAAUAGAUUUUCUUAUUUUAUUGCUUGCUGGAUUAUGCUUGGGAGUUCUUGCUAAAGUAAGCGAGGAGACCUUCGGUGCUCAAGGUUAUAUGUACACCGUCAUAGCAGUUUCUCUCCUUGCCAUGAUCGCAGCUUUGAGAACUUUUGGACUGGAUAAGUUGCACUACUGGAGAGAGAGCUCUGCUGGCAUGAGUAGCUUGGCUUACUUUCUCGCCAAAGAUACAGUUGACCAUUUUAAUACACUCAUCAAGCCUCUCGUUUACCUUUCCAUGUUCUAUUUCUUCAACAAUCCAAGAUCAUCUGUCACAGAUAAUUAUGUUGUUUUGUUAUGUUUGGUUUACUGCGUAACUGGUAUCGCUUAUGCCUUGUCCAUAUAUAUGAAUCCCGGUCCAGCCCAACUGUGGUCCGUGCUUCUCCCUGUUGUUUUGACUCUAAUAGCAACCAAUACAAUUGAAAGUGAGAUUGUGGAUGUAAUGACUAAGUUCUGCUUUACUAAGUGGGCUAUGGAAUCUUUUGUCAUAGCAAAUGCCCAAAGGUACUCUGGAGUGUGGUUAAUAACAAGAUGUGGUACACUGGAGAAGAGUCACUAUGAUCUCAAGAAUUGGUACCGUAAUCUAGCCUUGCUCGUUGUUACUGGUUUAUUAACAAGAGCCAUCGCAUACGUUAUUUUGGUCUUCAAAAAGAAGUAG